ACUAGAGAUUCUACGCAUGUAUCGAGUGUCCGUGGGAGGGAGAGAGUAGAAACCUUUGGACAUCCGAUAAGGGAUUGCAAGCACUGUCGAGGUGAGCCACCAUGAUUGCCCUUAGGCAGAGGAAGGGGAGCAAAGGAAGUAAGGAGCCUGGUCCAGAAGUCCUGUGCCAGAGGUUCAACCCUUCAGCGGAUCCUUUAGAGAGGUCUUCAGAUGGCGUAUGGACAUGGAGGACAGUGCUAUGGGUUGCCAUAGGUUGGAGUGUGGGAAUUAGUCUUGGCAUGCUGUCCUGCAUCUAUGUGGCUACGCUCCAUGAAAAUGACCUAUGGUUUUCCAACAUUAAGGAAGUUGAGCGUGAAAUCUCCUUUCGGACAGAAUGUGGCCUAUACUACUCAUACUAUAAACAGAUGUUGAGAGCUCCCUCCAUACAGCAAGGUCUUUCAGAGCUCAUCAAUGAUAAUGCCACUGAAUCCAAGAGAACCAUCAACCUCCUGCGACGCAUGAACAUCUAUCAGGAGGUGUUUCUAGGUGUUCUCUAUAGGAUUCUACCCAUACAGGCCUACCUGGAGCCAGUGUAUUUCUACAUCUACACCGUGUUUUCCCUCCAAGCGGUGUAUGUCAUAGCCCUGUUCAUCACCAGCUGGCUGCUCAGUGGUUCCUGGCUAGCAGGGGCUCUCACUGGAGUCUGGUACAUCCUCAACAGAGUGGACACAACGCGGGUGGAGUUCACCAUCUCACUCAGGGAGAACUGGUCCCUGCCCUUCUUCGCUCUCCAGAUAGCUGCCAUCACUUGCUACCUGAGGCCUCACCUCAAACCCAUCCAGCAGAAGGUGGUGUUGUGGCUGAUGUUCCUGGCCACGUUGUGUUUCUGCCUCACCUGGCAGUUUAAUCAGUUCAUCCUGCUGGUUCAGGCUCUCAUCAUCUUCACCCUGGACUGUCUGGACCUCAUCUCCACAGAACAGGUGACCUGCCUGUACCUAGUCCAGGUAAGCAGCCUGCUGUCUGUGUGGCUGCUGCAGUUCUGUAACUCCAUGAUCCUGGGCUCUCUGGCUCUCAGCUUCAUUGUGGCCGCUCUCUUUGUCAAGCACUUCCAGAGAGGGCUGAAGACUGGAGGUCUCGCAGCGCGGCUGGGAAAGCUGCUCCUUCACACCGUCCUCGUCCUUGCACUAACAUUCACUAUUAAUUAUUUAGCCAAGCAAGCGUUGCAGCUCCGUUCUGAUGAACACAUCUUUAAAUUCAUAAAGUCCAAAUUUGGCUUGGGCCCUACCAGAGAUUUCGAUGCCAGUCUGUACCUAUGUGAGGAAGCCUUUGGGCUGCUUCCCUUGGACACAUUUGACCGCUUGGCUGGCACUCUACUGGCAUACCCUUACCUCGUCACCCUGAUUGUGCUCAUGGUGAUGCUGGCGCUGGUAUCACAGGCCAACCUCUGUGAUUCUUCAGCGGUCGGGCGGCCGCCGAAAGGCCGAUGCGAGGCGCGGCCGAUCUGUAUGCGGGCAGAUGUCGCCUACAAUCUGUUACACACCGUCUUCUUCGGCCUCCUGGCGCUCGGCACCAUGAGAAUGAAAUAUCUGUGGACUGGCCAUAUGUGUGCCUUUGCUGCCUAUGGCGUGUGUGGCAAGGAGCUGUGGUCCCUCUGCCUUAACAUGAUUCACUCUAACACCAAAACCAAGCUGAGGCUGAUCAGGUACACGCUUCCACUUGUCAUUCUGUGUUUUCUAUAUUACAAGUUCUGGCCCAAACUGAUGACGGAAGUAUCAGAACUGAGAGAAUUCUACGACCCUGACACCGUUGAGCUGAUGACCUGGAUUAGCUCGAAGACCCCCAAGAAGGCGGUGUUUGCUGGCAGCAUGCAGCUGCUGGCUGGGAUCAAACUGUGCACAGGGAGAGUCCUGACUAACCACCCACACUAUGAAGACCGAGCUCUGAGAGAGAGGACCAAACAGGUGUAUCAGAUCUACGCCCAGCAAUCCCCAGAGGAGGUCCACGGGAUCCUGCACGCGGCGGGGGCUGAUUUCGUGGUGAUGGAGGACAGCAUCUGCUACGAGAGGAGGCAUGGCCGGGGCUGCAGACUCCGAGACCUGCUGGAUCUGGCCAAUGGACAUAUCAUGGAUGGCCCUGGGGACAACGACCCAGACUUGGUCCAAGCCACCCACCCUCGCUUCUGUGAGUCCAUCAAGACAGACGGCCCUGCCUACACCGCCCUCUUCACCCGCGUUUUCCAAAACAAGACCUUCCACGUCUACAAGCUGAAGAGGGGCAAGAAGAGAGCCAAGGCCGACAGAGAGCCAGUGGCCAUGGAGGAUAAAACCCAGUAAUAAGACCCUGGGGACCCCAUAAACAACCCCGCCCACCCAUAUGCAGCAGCUCCCCAGUGUCCAUCUCAGCCUCCUGCUCCCUUCCAUGUUGAUAACCUGAUGACUGCUCUGUGCUCCCUGCUCUCUGGUCUACUCGACUUCAUCUGGAACCAUGGCUACACUCUCCCUCCCUCCUUCCUCCCUCCCUGCGCCACGGCAGCCAGAGGCAGGUAAUCACGGCCGGCUGACACGGCGCUGAUUUGAGCAGCGUCUGAUUGUGGCGGGCGAGCAGAUGAGCACAUGCAUAUCAAACCAGGGCUUUGUGUCAGGAAGCUCAUGUUUAAACAGGAGAGGAGAGAUGACGGCACAUCACAACAACAUUCACGUCUCUCUCUCUCGCUUUCACCCAGACUAAAGGCAGAGCGGAGAAGAAAGAGGAGAGGGACCUUUGAGAGGGAGCUGAUUGAAAGCUAGAGCAGUGGGGGUAAUUAUUGCGAGGACCAGUCUGGUCUCUUUGGUGGCUGGGGCUGCAGCCUGACUGCACAGCUGCACCCUGUGCCAUUUCCUUGUUUUUAAACCGUGCCAUGGCUCGUCUCCACUUGUUAAUGAGGACUCCUCUUUUGAUACUCUCUCACAGAAACACAAAAGUUCUGCAUAAGUUGUCAGUUGUGGUGUAUCAAGGGGAAGUGGCAUUCUCAUUGUAAUGCAUAACAGUCCUAUCACUGUGAAGAGUAUUUGCUUGUUCAUUCCGUUGCGUUGAAAUUGGAUGUUUAAUUUAGGAGUUGGCCAAUAAUACAUUUUACAAGGGAGAAGUAAUUUCAUUAUGUUUGCCUAAUAAGUGCAUAAUAAUGUAAAGUUUUUGAGCUUUGACAUUCUUCAUUUUCAUAUUUAUUAAUAAUUCAUUUUAUAUGCAUUGGUCAUUUAAACCGACAGUAUUUUUUUUAAAUGAGCAAAUGCUAGAGCAAAUCAUGUAUUAACUGUGUUUAUUCGCUCCCAACUCAACACCACAGAAUCAUACAGUAUUAUGUAGAAGGACUGCAUUGUGGGUAAACCAUGACCACUGGUCAAUGCUGAAUUAGGUGAAUGGUUAACAUAUUCAGGGCAACUGGUCUAUGUAUGACUGGCUAACAUACAGUGGGUAUCAGAAGUAUUCAACGCCUUGGAUUUUGUUUCACAUCGGUGGGCUACAAAGUGUGAUUGAAAUAGAUUUCAUUGUCAUUUUCUCGCCAUGGAUUUACACAGAAUACACAACGUCGAAGUGAAAAGAAUUUAAAUAAUAAAACGUAUACAGAUGACUAAACAUUAAAUGACUAAGAUAAAGUUGUUGAAUAUGAGUAUGCACCCCCUUUGUUUAGGCAUGCCGAAAUUAGUUUGUUGGUAACAUUCGGCUUAACAAAUCACAAGUUACAUGGGAAAUAAUAGGGGUUGACAUUAUUUUUGAAUGGCUACCCCAUCCUCUGUCCCCCCAUACAAGGUCCCUCUGUCAAGAAUUGAAUUUCAAGCACUGAUUCAACUACAAAGACCAGAGGGGGGUAUACAACGGCGCAAGCCACAGUAGAUCUACUCUGGGUUUUCUAAAGCUAGCCAGCAUCAGUUACUUUCCCAUUCCAGCUCAGGCUUCAUCCGUACUACGACGGGGGAUAUUGCUUGUCCGUCUACCAAACUGCGUGUGCAUGUUGCACGUGGCUCGUCAAACACCAGGCUUCUCAUUGAGACGAUGCUGAAACAAUCCAUGGGAAAGACGGUGCCGUAUUUUCCUUUGUGCCAAAAAUCAAAAUGAAAGAAAAGGUAUCUAGCAAAUUCACCGGGCUUUUGGGUGAAAUAGACUUUUUGAAGCAGUGUUUUUGUAUUACUUUGGUGUGGUUAUCAACACAAGGAGCUUUUCCCCCCACUCCUUAUUGAUCAAAUAAUUGUAUUAAGUCAUACAAAUGUUUUACUGUGCGUUUCAAAUGUGGUUGUCAUUACUACAUGUGUAAUGUGAUUAAUGUGACCAUGUUAAAAUACCCAGUUGGAUAGUCCCAUCUGUAGAUGCUCUACAAACGGUCAUACUGUCAAUAUGCUAUCAAGGUCAAACUAUCUGUUGAUAAGCUACGGCUUCGUGCCAUGUUGCGGUUAGGGUCAUGUUGCGGUUAGGGUUAUGUUGCGGUUAGGGUCAUGUUGUGGUUAGGGUCAUGUUGCGGUUAGGGUCAUGUUGCGGUUAGGGUUAUGUGUUGCGGUUAGGGUCAUCUUGCGGUUAGGGUUAUGUUGCGGUUAGGGUUAUGUUGCGGUUAGGGUCAUGUUGCGGUUAGGGUCAUGUUGCAGUUAGGGUUAUGUGUUGCGGUUAGGGUCAUCUUGCGGUUAGGGUUAUGUUGCGGUUAGGGUUAUGUUGCGGUUAGGGUCAUGUUGCGGUUAGGGUCAUGUUGCGGUUAGGGUUAUGUUGCGGUUAGGGUUAUGUUGCGGUUAGGGUUAUGUUGCGGUUAGGGUCAUGUUGCGGUUAGGGUUAUGUGUUGCGGUUAGGGUCAUGUUGCGGUUAGGGUCAUGUUGCGGUUAGGGUUAUGUUGCGG